AUGAGAGGCAGUCAGGUGGAAAUUAACGGUGAGGGGAUAUACGGCUUGAUUGAAACAGCAUUAUCAAUUGGUCGGCAUUAUCGAUGGCCAGAACGCCAGUCCAUUGCAACGCUUAUUCCUGAUAUCUUCGCUUUAAACUUGGUGAUUGAAGAAAGUAGUGCAAUGGUUUUGUCUGAAUUAACUGCCGAAAUAAGCCAGAUUGCGCGCACAUCCGGUUUCUCGUUUUCCGUGGAACGAAUGACCAUUGAGGACGAGAUUGCUGUUGUCUCGGCGAAUUACAUUACAGCGGACUGGAAGUACAAACAUCGUGUGAUGAAUGUGAGCACAUUCGAGAAGAUAAGUGAUGGCUUGGAAACACUGCUACGGGAAAUCGGCGAAACGAAGAGGAUGGCUUAUGUGACGGAGAAUAUCCAUUGUUCUGGUGACCAGGCACAUCUCUCUUGCAUAUGCUACACCUUAAACAAUCUGGUCCAUGAUAUUUUUGACGAGUCGUGUGAUACGAAGCACAACGUCUCUGCUAUCCUUACCGCGUGUCAGAAAAUAGCGGCCGCAAUAGCAGAACUGGGAUUUAACCGAUGGGUGGACCCACCAGCUGAAAAACGAGCCGGUCGCUUGGAUUAUUUAUUUUACGGUUAUGAGUUGUUGAAAUAUGUGCAGGAGUGCAUGCACUACUUUUCCAUCAUACAGAAUCCAGAUAUCUUAGUUCUGUUACAAUCGGUUGACUGGUCGACUGUUGACGAGAUUCGAAAAUAUCUGGAACCAUUC